AUGNGCUAUGCCAAAGACCUCCUCAAGAAGUUCAAGAUGGAUGAUGCUAAUCCAGUUGGUACUCCUAUGGAAUGCGGCAUCAAGUUGAAUAAGGAUGAAGAGGGAAAAAAAGUGGAUCCAACCCUCUAUAAAAGUCUUGUUGGAAGUUUGCGCUAUUUAACUUGUACAAGACCAGACAUUCUUUAUGUCGUUGGAGUCGUGAGUCAGUACAUGGAAGCUCCAACAACUACUCACUUCAAGUCUUCGAAGAGGAUUCUUCGAUAUAUCCAAGGUACGGCAAGCUAUGGCAUAUACUACUCCAUUUCUAACGAUUACAAGCUUGUUGGAUAUAAUGAUAGCGAUUGGAGUGGAGAUAUGGAUGACCGAAAGAGCACAAGCGGAUUUGUGUUCUACAUGGGAGACACAGCCUUUACUUGGAUGUCCAAGAAGCAGCCUAUUGUCACUUUGUCUACAUGUGAAGCAGAGUAUGUAGCUGCAACUUCAUGUGUUUGCCAUGCUGUUUGGCUACGCAACCUAUUUGAAGGAGUUAAGCUUGCCACAAGUGGAGCCAACAAAGAUUUUCGUAGACAACAAGUCGGCAAUAGCAUUAGCAAAAAACCCAGUCUUCCAUGA